CCUCUGCCGUAACUGGGUAGGACGUCGUUCGAGGUUAUUUGAAGUUCAUUUUUGCCUUUUGGGCACUAAUUUUACUGUCACUUUUUAACGUAUAAUUUCAUUACCAAUUUAGUCUAUAAUCAUAGAAUAUGUCUGGAUCAAACACCAUUAUGAACAACAUGCGUUUUUUACGGAACCUAAAUAGGAAUACAGUGAAAACAGUUACCACUAAAUGUCCAAUCAAAGUUAUUCAAGCAUAUAGAUGUCAAAGUUCCAUUCACUGGCGCACUGGCAGACGUCCAUCCGUAAAAAAUGUCGGCUAUCGUUUCUAUGCCACAGAUUUACCAAGCCAUAUUAAGGUUUCUCUCCCAGCUUUGUCUCCUACCAUGGAAAGUGGCACCAUUAUUAGUUGGGCUAAAAAAGAAGGUGAAAGAUUAAACGAAGGAGACAAAUUAGCCGAAAUUGAAACAGAUAAAGCUAUCAUGGAUUUUGAAACUCCUGAAGAAGGAUAUCUUGCCAAGAUCAUGGUGCCUGCUGGUCAAAAAGAUGUUACAGUUGGAAAACUUGUGUGUAUUAUAGUAGAAAAUGAAUCUGAUGUUGCUGCUUUCAAAGACUUUGUAGACGAUUCUCCAGCAGGUGUUCCUGCCACUGCAGCACCAUCACCCAAACCAUCUAUUUCUGCACCUGCACCGCCUCCUCCUGCAUCUGUAGCUCCAAAAGCUCCAGCACCAACUAAUUCAGUACCAAUUCCAAUUGGAUCUCGUAUACUUGCUAGUCCUUUAGCGAAACGUUUAGCUGCUGAGAAAGGAUUGGAUUUAAAUACAAUUGCCCAAGGUUCUGGAUUGUUUGGUUCUAUAAAAUCUACAGAUUUGGCCAAAGCUUCUAUAGCUAGUAGUCAGAAGACUGCUGUCGUCGAUGGAAUUCGUGGUGAUGGAUUUGUUGAUAAGCCAGUGACAAAUGUUCGAAAGAUUAUCGCUAAACGUCUACUCGAGUCUAAACAAACUAUACCUCAUUAUUAUCUUACAGUAGAUUUGGGCCUGGAUAAUAUUGUUUUAUUGAGAAAGCGUAUGAAUGAACUUUUGGAAAAAGAAGGAAUUAAAUUAUCUAUAAAUGAUUUCAUUAUCAAAGCUGCAGCUUUAGCUUGUAAAAAAGUUCCAGAAGCCAACUCAUCUUGGAUGGAUAGUUUCAUUAGACAAUAUGACGCAGUUGAUGUAAGUGUUGCAGUGAGUACUGAAACAGGACUGAUAACACCAAUUGUAUUCAAUGCAGACACUAAAGGAUUAAUAGCAAUAAGCACUGAUGUUAAAGAACUUGCAGCUAAAGCUCGUCAAGGAAAACUGCAACCUCAAGAAUAUCAGGGAGGUACAUUUAGUGUUUCAAAUUUGGGAAUGUUUGGUGUUAAGAGCGUAUCAUCGAUAAUUAAUCCUCCUCAAUCAUGCAUACUCGGAAUUGGUGCUAUGACCCAACGACUAGUACCAGAUAAAACAAAUGGAACUCGUGCACAAGACACACUACAAGUUACACUAAGUUGUGAUCACAGAGUUGUAGAUGGUGCAGUGGGAGCACAAUGGUUACAAGCAUUUAGGCGAUAUGUAGAAGAACCACAUAAUAUGCUUCUUUAAGACUGAUUAAUUUGUCUCAAGAGAAAUUCAGUCAUAAUAUGCUUUCCGUAAUAUUUUCUUAUAUCUGUAUUUUUUUUUUUUUUUAUGUUAUUUGUUAUAAAUAGUUUAAAUGUUAAAUUUAUCAGUAUAUACUUUAUCUGAUUUUUAAGCACACUCUUAGUUGUUUAAAUGCAUCAAGAGUAUAUUAACACAAAUAGGCAUGACUCUAGUGAAUUAUAAAAGCUGAAAAAAAAACACACAUAUAAAGAAAGAAAUGUUAUCUUGAUGUUUAUUAGGAUGUACAAUUUGUAUUUAGUUCAAGAAUGUUCAAAGAGUAGUGCCAAAUUGUACUUGUCUCCAAUUCAUAAGACCUGAAUAUGAAAAAAAAAAAUUAUUACAAUAUAAACAAAUUGAAGAAUUAUUAA